UGGUGGUGAAUUGGUGUCAUGAUAAUGAGUGAGCAAGAGAUGAAGAUGGUUCAAGAGAUGGCAGAGAACCAGGAAGAGCCACCCCUUCGUUAUAUUUGGAGGGAUUCAGAUGAGCCGGUCGAUGAUGUUCCUCCAAUCCCUGCCGUCCAUCUUGGUCGCCCAGAUGAAGCUGAGCAGAUCAAGACCGCUAUUCAAUCAUGGGGUAUGUUUCAGGUUAUCGAGCACGGUAUGACUCCAUCGUUCCUAGAUGAAGUGCGCGAUGUUACAAAAGCAUUCUUUGAGCUUCCCAGGGAUGAGAAACAGAAAUACAGCAAUAUGAAAAAUGGCAAUUUUCAAUUUGAGGGAUAUGGAAAUGAUGAAGUUGCAACAGAAGACCAAAUCCUUGACUGGAACGAUCGCCUUUUUCUCACAGUGCAACCUGAAGAUAUAAGAAAAUUAGAGCUUUGGCCGGAGAAUCCGAGUUCCUUCAGGGUUGUAUUGAGUGAAUUUAGCACAAAGACAAGGAAGUUGCUAGACGAUGUCCUAAAGGCGAUGGCAAAGUCACUAGAACUGGAUGAGGAUAGUUUUAUUAGACAGUUUGGAGACAGGCCUUUGUUAGAUGCGAGAUUCAACAAUUACCCUUGUUGUCGGAGGCCUGACCUUGUCAUUGGCGUCAAACCGCAUUCGGAUUCUUCAGGACUCACCAUUAUUUUGCCAGACAAAGACGUAGAGGGACUUCAAGUUAUGAAAGAUGGUGUGUGGGUGAAGAUCAUCACUGAUCCUCAUGCUUUGAUUGUAAACAUGGGAGAUCAAAUGGAGAUAAUAAGCAAUGGAAUAUUUAAGAGUCCUCUGCAUAGGGUGGUCACAAACACGGAGAAGCAUAGGAUCUCCAUCGCUAUGUUUUAUACACCUGAAGGAGAAACAGAGAUAGGGCCAGCCGAUGGGCUAGUGAGUGAUACAAAGCCAAGGUUGUAUAAAACAAUGAAGUCAAAGGACUACCUUGGCAUAUUUUUCCCUAGGUACUUGCUAGGAAAGACGACCAUUCAUUUGGUUAAAAUUUAACCCCAAAAAAAUCAGGCAAAUCAUCAGGAAUUAUCCUUGGUGAGUGGCAUGUAACCAUCUAGUGAAAGGCUCUGUGUAUUGUGCUUUAGUGGGGAUUUUAUCCUCACAACACCCCUUAUGAUAUGUAUGUCUGGUUUAGCAGUUUGUGAAUAUUAUCUAAUUAUCUGUAAGUCAAUAAAUAAGUGUUCUAUAUCUCUGCAUUGUGGUAUAUUUGGGUAAAUAAUUCGAAAUGCAAGAGGAACACAACAAGAGUCAAGCAUCAUCUAAUUGAGUUCUCCUAUAGUGGUGUCCUAAAGAACUGUACUUUAUAUAUCUUCUUGGAUGCUACCAUGCUUAACAAAUAGAAAGAGAAACUUGAUAAAUUCAACAAAUGGCAGUUCAUCUCUCUUCUCUAGAUCUAAUGUUUCUGGGUCAAGAUAGUGUGAUAAGUCAAGUGGGCGAUAAGCAAGCAAUUGCAAACCAGAUUUCUCGAUCAGAGUAAACCAAAAAAACAUGCAGGAAUAAUUUCAAAAGAUGCAUCAUCAAUUCAAAGGAGAUCAGCAGGAAACUUAUCAUUCUAAAUUUGCGUUGCUUGUCUCAGAAAAUGAAAGCUCUGAAAUUUGAAGAAAGAAUGUAAAUGAUACACCAAAUACUAAACCCAUAACCACCACCAUCUUCAGAUUCAGAAAGAAUUUCACAUUUGAAGCAUAAAUAGCAUUUCCCAUUUCAACACAGUCAACACCCAGCAAUUGGCACUAGAAUUAAUUUUGUGUCUGUUCAGUUAAUUCAAUACCCUUUUUCAUUGCCUUCAAAAAUGAAACCCUAUUUUUAACUGUAAAAGCUACAUAUUCCGCAAGAACAUUUGCUAGUUCAUAAGGUUUUUCAAUUCUUUCAAUAGCAACCUUGAGUCUGCAAUUCAAAAAAUAAAACUCUGCUUGUACCUUUAUCUGUGAUUAUUCAAUUCCUCAUGCAUCAGAAGAAUAAAAGAUAGGUCUAGCACGCAAAAUCCUAAUGAUUCAAAGCUUUUCAACAAUAUAUGUCAAAGGAUGAACAAAGUUUUACUUUAGCACUUGAAACAUGGAACAAUGGAAGCU